AUGCCCAAAGCAACUCCACUCAUAAUGCCACUUUGGAAUCACUUGAAGUUCUGUGAUCCAGCGCCCCAGGUGCUCUGCCUGUCCAAGUCCCCCAGCAAACACAACUGGCUGUACAUGAAGGCCCAGCCCUUCUCUGAUGCUGCUGGACUAGCUGAAGACAUUGACAAGGGUGAAGUGUCUGGUUGCCUGGAGCCCAAGGCUUGUGUAUGCUAUCUGGCUGAAAAGUAUAAGUGGGAUGUCACUGAAGCCCAAAAGAUCUGGUGUUUUGGGCCUGAUGGCACUGGCCCCAGGAUUCUCACCGACAUCGUCAAGGGUGUGCAGUACCUGAACGAGAUCAAGGACAGUGUGGUGGCUUUGGCUGACUUCCAGUGGGCCACGAAGGAGGGUACGCUCUGUGAGGAGAACAUGUGUGGUGUAUGCUUUGACGCUUACCAAGGUGGUGGCCAGAUCAUCCCCACAGCCUGUCACUGCCUCUAUGCCAAUGUGUUGACUGCACAGCCCUGCCUUACAGAGCCUAUCUACCUGAUGGAGAUCCAGUGUCCUGAGCAAGUUGUAAGUAGCAUCUGCAGUGUCCUGAACAGGAAGCGUGGUCAUGUGUUUGAGGAGUCCCAGGUGGCUGGCACCCUCAUGUUUGUGGUCAAGGCCUACCUGCCUGUCAAUGAGUCCUUUGGUUUCACAGCCAACCUGUGCUCCAUCACCAGUAGCCAGGCCUACCCACAAUGUGUGUUUGACUACUGGCAGAUCCUGCCUGGGUACCCUUUCAACAACAGCAGCCGUCCGAGCCAAGUGGUGGGUAAGACUAGCAAGUGCAAAGGCAUAAAAGAGGGUAUCCCAGCGCUGGACAACUUCCUGGACAAACUGUAG